UGAGCCUAGAGUUUCACAUAGGACAGCAAAUAAGCUUUUGUUACUGUCUGCCAAAUGGAGGGUCCUUAGUUUUUUUCCUCUCUCUCUUUCUGCUACCAAAAAAAUAGCCUCACUACUCCACCAUCAUCUUCUUCUUCCUUCUUCCUUCUUCUCUUACUGCUGCUAAUAAGCUUUUUCUUACUUGGGUUUUCUCUUACAACAUCAAAUUUACAACUUCGGUUCCCACAGGAUUAUUAGAGUGAUCUGUAAUUGUGAUGUCUCCGCCGCUCCUUGGUGUUGGGGAGGAGGAGGGCCAGAGUAAUGUAACUCUACUGGCUUCUUCAACUUCCUUAGGAAGCAUAUGCAUAAAAGGAUCAGCUCUUAAAGAGCGAAACUAUAUGGGUCUAUCUGAUUGUUCGUCGGUGGACAGCUGUAAUAUUUCCACCUCAUCAGAGGACAAUAAUGGGUGUGGAUUAAAUCUCAAGGCAACGGAGCUCAGGCUCGGUCUACCUGGAUCUCAGUCUCCCGAAAGAGGUGAGGAGACUUGCCCUGUGAGCUCGACAAAGGUUGAUGAGAAGCUGCUCUUCCCCUUGCACCCUUCCAAAGAUACUGCUUUCUCGGUAUCGCAGAAAACAGUAGUUAGUGGCAACAAACGAGGAUUUUCAGACGCUAUGGAUGGAUUCUCAGAGGGGAAGUUUCUGUCGAAUUCCGGUGUGAAAGCAGGUGAUACAAAGGAGACCUCACGUGUGCAACCACCUAAAAUGAAAGAUGCUAAUACUCAGAGUACAGUUCCAGAGAGGCCUUCUGCUGUGAAUGAUGCCUCAAACCGUGCGGGCAGUGGUGCCCCUGCUACAAAGGCACAGGUUGUUGGUUGGCCACCCAUUCGAUCUUUUAGAAAGAACACUCUAGCCUCUGCCUCGAAGAAUAACGAAGAGGUUGACGGAAAAGCUGGCUCACCAGCUCUUUUUAUUAAGGUCAGCAUGGAUGGUGCUCCCUAUUUGAGGAAAGUGGACCUCAGAACCUGUUCUGCAUACCAGGAGCUAUCUUCUGCUCUUGAAAAAAUGUUCAGCUGUUUUACAAUAGGUCAAUAUGGAUCUCAUGGAGCUCCUGGGAAGGAUAUGUUAAGUGAGAGCAAAUUGAAGGAUUUGCUUCAUGGAUCUGAGUAUGUCCUCACUUACGAAGAUAAGGAUGGGGACUGGAUGCUUGUCGGUGAUGUCCCCUGGGAGAUGUUUAUCGAUACUUGCAAAAGGUUGAGGAUCAUGAAAGGUUCAGAUGCCAUUGGCCUGGCCCCAAGGGCUAUGGAAAAGUGUCGGAGCAGAAAUUAGCCUAUCUACACAUGAUUAAAGCUAUCCAUCCAGCAUUUCUAGUAGGCGAGGAAGACACAAAAACGGGUGAAGAGCUCAUAAACUUGAAUCCUUUUUAAAGGCAUGAACAGUAUAGCUGGUUGUUGGUCUUGGAUAGCUCAGCAUGGGUAGAUGCUUUACCUGAUUACGACAUGGUGUUCUUUUAUAUUUGCGUAAUAUAUGUCCUCUUUUAAGUUUUUUUUAUCAUGUCUAUUUAAAAAACCGUUUGAUAUUGGAGUUUGUCUGCAAACUAAUGUGUGUUGUGUACUGAGAGCUCUUCUAGAGGUAAUUUAGUAAUGUUCUAAGUGUAUUUGCUUGUUUAAGUUCCCUUAAGUGUGUACUUUAGACCCAACGUUUGUCGUUUGAUUAAGUAUGCGUGUGCACUUCAGAAAUUGUUAUUACUGUAUGAAUAAAUGUGUCCUCCACAUUUUUCAUCGGGUUGUAGUUAUCGAAAUAACUAACCUCUUACCUCA